AAGUGGGAAUAUUCUUCAUUAAUGGUGACUCUAGCAGGAUAUAAUAAUAAUUAACUCUUCGCCACAAGUCCUCAAUGUAGAGAGGCGUAUUAGAUACAAUAUUUAACAUUCAGUUGCCACGGAGACAUCAGUUGUACCCAGACACCAGAACAGAAGGGAGUCAUGACGAGGCUAACAUAUUUUGUAGCUACUUUGCUUCUGAUUAUGACAACUGAGAUAUUGGGUGCUAAGAUAUGUAAAGAAUACAAAGGCGGGACAUGCAGCAAAAAGAAUAGAAGGAGUUGCCCAAACACAUACAAGUGUGUUGUUAAGGAAGGAAAAUGUUGCCAAUACAAACUACCAAAAUACUGUGAAAUAUUAAAUAAACCUGACACUAACGCACCAUGGAAAUGUCGUGGAGGAGGAAGCCAGCGAUGCCCAGGUGGAUAUGUCUGCAUUACCGAAAGAGCAAAUCGAUACAGUGUGUGCUGCGAAGAAUGCUAUUGUCAAGAUGAUUUGGGGAACACAAGAACAAAAACUGGUGGACCAUGGACUGAGUCUGAUGGCUGCACAAAAUGUACAUGUGAAUCUGGCAAUAAGAAAAAAUGUGACAACGAAAAGUGCAAUAACAGCUGUAGAAGUUAUGGUAGCUAUUCUCCAUUCUCUCCAUGUACUCAGAGUAACAUGUGUGGUAAAAGUGUCCGAAUACGACGCUGCAACAGUGCACUUAGAACACAAAAUGAUCCACAACAUUUUCAAGAUGUUGAACAAGAGAUGAAAACUUGCAAUCCCCAACUACCAGCCCAACUCCCAGCCCAAUGCCCACAGCCUGGUAUUGCUCUAACUGAGAUACAACCAAUUAUCAUAAAUUUAAAUGGGACUGAGGUUUAUCCUGAACAUAAUUAUCGUUGGAUGGUUUAUCUAGAUAAAGGGAACUGUCGUUGCGGGGGAACAAUUCUCAGUCCGAGACAUAUCUUAACAGCAGCACACUGUUUCGAUUGGAUUGAUGAGAACGAUAGAGUAACAGUAAAGACAGGAAAACAUAAAAUUUCUGAUUUGGGGGAGCCUUUAGCACGGAGUCGCACAGUUAACAUAUCUCAUAUCAAAAAACAUGACAAUUAUGGUAGGGGUGCAAGAUUUAAUAAUGAUAUUGCAAUAAUUUCUAUUGACCCACCACUAGAGUUCAAUAACCACACAACACCAAUAAAACUCCCAACGGACACAUUUAAUAAAACUAUUAAGAAUUUGAAAAAAGGAUUUUGCAAAGUAAUAGGGUGGGGAGAUACAGCAGGAAAGGGAGGACUCUGUCGGGAUUAUAUAUAUUCUGAUAAUUUAUUAGAAGCUGAAAUCAAUUUUGAGGAUGAUUGUACUUCUAUCGAUAAAAGGGAAGUUACAGACAAUAUGUUUUGUGCAAGUGCUAAUAAAAUGGACUCAUGUUCUGGGGACUCAGGGGGCCCUUUGAUGUGUAGAGUUGAGAAAACAUGGUAUCAACAUGGCAUAGUUAGUUGGGGACCAGAAGGCUCGUGUGGGAAAGGCUCUGGGGUCUAUACAAAAGUAGCAAACUAUAUUGACUGGAUCAAGGAACAAAUUUCAACUCCUGGGGGCUGGGGGGAGUGGAGUGGAUUCACAUCUUGUUCAGCAUCAUGUGGAAGUGGGAUCAAGUCUCGAGUGAGAGCAUGUACAAACCCUGAACC